UGUUUUAGGAGCAGCCACAUUGAAAACUGCCUAUUGAUAUAGAGAAGAAAUUUAAGGACACCUUGAAAUAAAUGUCUAUAUUUUCAUAAUGCCUACCAAACUGGUCAAGGAAAUUGCAUCUUCAAAUUCCUAUGCUUCAUUCUUUGCUCCUGUAAAUAACCAGUAUGACAAGGGCAGAAAGAAGAAAAGAAAGAAGAAUGCCAAAAAUCGAGCACAGCAAGUUACAGUCACCAUCAAAUCAUUUGAUCGGCCAAAAUCUGACUUUGGAUUCAAAUCAGAAAGAUCAUUCUGCAGAACCAACACAAGUGACAGUCUUAACUCCACAAAACUCCCCUCUAUAUACAGUAGGUCCCCGCCCAGUCCUAGACUUUUGACCCCCUUAAAUAGAACUCCCCCUGUUUUGUCAAUGAACAAUGUGCCCACUGCAUGUGAACGAAGGAAGAAGUUACCACUUUUAGCUGCCAUUAAACCAGACAAUGAGAAAGCUGAGAAAGAAAGAUUCAUGCGUGCCAACUUUCUGUAUAACCCGUAUUUUAUGUAUAGAUUUCCUGCUGAACCUGAAGUAUUGGAAAAGUGUAGUCAGCCAUCAGAUCGUUUUAUAAAUGAGGCUAUAUAUAUCAUGGAAAAUUCACUUGAAAAAUAUGGCACUUAUGAAGAAUUUGAAGCUCAGACAGGAGGACAGGUUAUAGGAAGAUCUCAGAUCUUAGCUAUCAUCAAGCGAUACUUAAAACGAGAGGAGCUAGAGGACGACAUCCUCCUAAACUUAACGGACGAACUGCUGUCUCGAGGAUCCAUGACGCGGAACAAAGGAAAGCCCCAACUCAAUGUUAGGACUGUGAACUUGAGAGAAAUGUGGGUAGAGGGUUUAUUGCGACAUGAAAUAGGUACUCACCAUCUAAGGAGCGUUAACAAUAGAUACCAGCCCUGGAGUAACUUCAAAGUUCGGAAGGAUAUGGGUCUGCGAUCAAUGAACCCCACAGAGGAGGGGCUAGCCUCCCUACACAGUGUUCUCUACCGCAAAGACCCCAGUCUGUGGCGGGCUGCUGUGUUGUAUUAUACAGUGUUUAAGGCCUCGCAAAUGUCUCUAAAGGAAUUGUUCAAAGACCUGGGUCAGUAUGUUCAAGAUCCAAAUGUUCGCUGGGAUUACUGCAUCAGGGCCAAAAGAGGACAGACUGAUACAUCAAGACCAGGAGCUUUCUGCAAGGACCAAGUCUACCUUGAUGGUGCACUUCAGAUAUUGAAGCACAGGAGACACAUAGACUUUGAGAUGCUGAUCCGGAUGGGGAAAGUCGCCUGGCAGGAUAUUGAUAUACUGAGACCUUAUGCUGAGUUACAUGACACCCAGAUUCCGUUCUUCAUGGAGGACAUGACAACUUACAGGAAACAUUUAGACAGGAUAGCAGAAGCUAAUGGUCUAACAGAUGAAAUCCUUACUGCUGUGUGAUAUAACAAAGUGGUUUGUCUCUCAAAGCUUAUAUAUAGAGCUCAGACUUAUGUGACAUAUUAGACGAAGACUCCAUCAGCCUCUUUCAGAGAGGAUUACUUUACAACUUUGAACUAUUUUUAGUUGUUAUAACCCCUGCAAAUGGAGUUGUUGGGUUAUACUGGAAUCACCAUGUCUGUCUGUCUGUAGGUAUAGAUAAACUACCAGAGCUUCUGCAUUACAUAUAUUGUUCUAGCAACAACUUUGAAAUUGAAAAAAAAACAGUGGAAGCUUUUACUUAAGAGAUUAAGAUUGUCUGUGUCUCAAGGAAUAUUUGAACAAGGUCAAGGCCAUAGUUUGGGAAACAAAGUUCCUGCUUUGACCAUGAAUUUAUUGUGUUUAACAACCCUGUAACAUGAUCAUUAAAACAAAAUUAAGGUCACCAAGUUUGAUUUGUAAAAUUUUUGUGUAGGAUAGGAUUUUGAUAAUUACAAAAUGUUAUUAAGACAACAUAAAGUAUGAGAAAUAUCUUGCAAAUAUGAAAUUCUACAAACAAAGUAUUUUAUUGGAGAACACUAGGUGAUACUUGGCAUACAGGUACAUGAUUAUGACAGAAAAGGUAUCUACAUGUAUCUCGUGAUCCUAUGCCAUAGAGAUGUGUACUUAAAACCAAGGUCAGCUGACUUAGAAGUUAAUGUACAUUUUGAUGCUGGAUGAUGAAUAUCCAUAACCAACACAACUGGUACUCUUAUCAAAUCACUACACUUAGAUGGAAGAGUUCCUUUUUAAGCUUGUUUAAAGUGAACCUUUCUUUAUUGCUUAAUGCAAGGGUAUAAGUCCCUUGGUUCAGUUCUAAAUUUAUUGUUUUUUUACAGAAAAAAAUGUAUAGAUUUUGCUUGUCUUGUUGCUUUACAGUUAUCAAAGUUAACAUUUUGUUACUUUUUUACAACAUUGUUAGAAUUUUUGUAACUUUUUGCAAAUGUUAAGUUUCACACUAUGAGAAUAGUUUAGUAGUAUGUACACUGAAAUUUAUCAAGUGUUCAAAAAUAACGAAAUCCAAGUGCCAUGGUUGAUGUGAUGAUAUAAAUUCAUACUCUUUGUGUUGAACACAAGUAAAGAAGUCACAUUGCAUUGUGGAUGAUGAAUACAAUUAUUAUUAUGUUUAUAUAUGUAGGCUAUAUUAUAAUAUUCAAUUUGUUUGUUUUUAGUUAAAUCAAUUGAAUUCCUUGCUUUUAUUGCACCAUUGGAAACCCUUGGUUGAUAAAUUAUAUAACUGCAGGUGUGGUCUGAAAAAUUGAGGUGGACCAAAAAAAAGUUUGACAUCCCAACUUUUUUUUUCCAGAUCAAUGAGCUAUGGAUAUGCAGCUACAUUAGUUGAUUAUGCUGUGUUCUGUGGUUGUUGUUGGGGUUGGGGGGACCAAUUCCUGUUUAUUAUUACAGUAACUUUUAUGUUUUCAUUUGAACACAGCAUGUUACUUUCAACUUGAAUUUUCAUUGGAAACACAGCAUAUUGUGAUUACAUGUAAUAGUGGGUUUUCAGUGAUGUAUUAAUUUACAUCACUGGGUGACAAUCUGGAUAAAACAUUUGAGAAAUAAAAUUAGGAUCUAGGUUCAAAAUUCUUUUAAACGUCAAUCAUUAAAAUUAUAUAUUUGCGAUUUUUUUUUACACAAACUUCAUUAUUUUUUUAAGUAAUGUAUAAUCUUUUUUUCACACUGGUUGUGGAAUUGUUUUGAUUUAUAUAUACAUAAUUUCCUCUUAAUUUGUGUCAACUCUAUGUAUAUAACUCAGCAUUAUAUUUUCUAUGGUUGUGAAUUUGAAUCUGUUCUUUGUAAUUUUCUAGAAAUCAGAGAAGGUUGUGACUAUUUUGAGGUCUCAUGUCUUGUGUUAUAUUGUACCUCCUCAAUGUCUACAUGCCUAGAUAAUACAGGGACAUUCAAAGGAUGAAACUCUGCCAAUAAAGUCUACUGAGUGGUCACUGCAAGGUACAGAAAGGCGACUGAAUGGAGAGAUCUGCCAUUCAGUUACAUUUCAGUAAACUUUCAGUCACUUUUCAGUCAAUGGCAGAUUUUCACAAUAAGAUCAAUGCAUUGAUUUACAAAAUAAUAUGUACAUGUACGUACAUGUAGCAUAAUUUUUACUUUUGAGAAUCAAGGAGGAAUACAUUUAUCUUUACAAGUAUGGUGAUAAUUCCAGAUUUUGGGAUCUAGCUAGAAUUCUGUGUUCAUGUAGUAUAUUCAAUGUAUCUUUAAAAUUUUAUUGAUGUGACUGUCUCAAUAUUUUAGGUUUAUAAUGAUUGUUUGAUUUUUUUUUUCAUGGGAAUCUCUGCUUCUGCAUGGGGAAAGUAUUAUUAUAAAAUCAUUUGUUUUCAUUAUAAGCAUGAUAAGCAUUAAUAUUUCUGGUAAAUAUGAAUUAAUUGGAGGACAGCGAUUCUCAUAAGUAUUUUUAAAUACUGAGGGCAAAAAGUUUUAUGCAUUUUUGGUAGAUUUAUCAUAUGAGUUUUAAACUUGAUAGGAUAUCCAGUAGAAUUUUUUUUUCUAGUAAUAGAGACAAAAAUAGAUAGUAUGAUUAGUGUCCUUUUUUGCAGAUAUUUAGUAUAUAUACUUGUGGUUCAAAAUUUAACGUCAUAGUUACAUAGACAUGUAUGUACCAUUUAAUACAAAUUUGAUCAAUUGCAGCUAUUUAGAUGUCAAAAAUAACAGUACAAAUUUUUAUUGAAAGAUACAUAUUAGUAAGCUGAAAUUUUAUUACUGAUUGAUUGUAAUAAAUAAUAUACCGGUAUUCUGAUCAAUGCUCAAGUGACUAGAUCGAAAAUUACAUGAAUAACAUAAGAUUACAUCAAUAACAUAAGAUAUGACAUGCAUGUUCAGUAAUUUGAUCUAAUUUGCAUAACAUUUUAGAGUUACAUUCCAUAUGCCAAACCUAGUUAAAGUUGCUGAGGACCAUUUUGAUAUACUAAUAAGCUUAGAGUUAAAAUACCCAGUACAUGUAUUCUCUAUUUCAUUUUUCCAUAUUAAAGGAGGCCAAAUUAAAGUUACUACUGACAUAUUUUUUGCCAGGUGCUGUAGAUACCUAGUGCUGCUAAAUAAAUAGAGAGUGCCAUUUGUAGCUUGACUGGUCUUGAUUUAAAAGGGUUAUUGAUUUUACCAAGUUCUGUCUUUAAAAAAAUGCACAAAACUAAGCUGAAUUUGUUACCUUGGUAAUCAUUAAAAGAAUAUAUUAUUCUGGACUCAAAGUCUGUAAAAAAUGUUUCUUUCAAUACUGUUUAAUUUUUAGCGGUAAAUUUAUUUAACAUACAUGUACUUGAACAUUAAAUACGUGAAUUCAAUGGUAACAUUUAUAAAUGUAAACUACAUGUAUAUCAAUGUGUCUGAUUAUCAUUCUAAUAAGAAAUUCUUGUCUUAAUUGUUUCUCUUUGUUACUCAGGUUUAUAUAGAAACCCUGAUUUAUACAGUUAAUAAAACUCUAAUCUUG